AUGUAUGCAAGAGCACUUCGUAUAAAAAGUAAUAUUGAUUGGACUAAUAGUUCAUAUGCAUUUAAGCCUCGACAAAGCAAAACAUUUAAUUAUGAAAAAAACACCAUUCAAGCAUUAGAACAUUUUUUUCAAAAUGGUUUUACAGACAUAUCACUGAAAGAGACUCCAACAAAAUUAAUUGUAAAACAAUAUUAUUACAAUCCCAAUUAUUUUGAAUCAUUACCAAAAAAACCUAAUUUCCAAAGCACUGCAGAUGCAAACAUUCCAACAAUGCUCAUAAAAGCAACUCCUCAAGAAUCUUCCUUGAUGAGAUUGACAGAAUUAUUGGAGAAAAUGUAUCAAAAAAAAGUUGAACCAAUGAUUAUACGAGUAGAUUAUCCUUAUCUUAAUAGUAAAAUAUUAGCUCAAUAUCUUGCAAAAAAUUGUUUACGGUACAGGUCAAGAUUAGUUCUCAAAAAUCUUUUUAAAAAAGUACCAUUGAUUGAUAACAAUUCAUUAAUAAUACCAGCAACAUCAGCAGCUCCAAUUUCUGCCAAACCUAUAACCUCUUUAAAUAAACCAACAGCAGAAUUACCAAGUUACCCAAAUCCGCUUAAAUGGAAUAAACUUGUAGGAAUCUCUGAUCGAUUUAUCUCAACCCAAUUAAAAGGUAUAAGAGUAGAAUUUAAAGGUAGAAUGACAACUCGUAAAGCUGCAUCUAGAGCUGCAACUAUGAAGAAAUCACUUGGUUCUUUUGGUAUGAAAACAAUGAAAGAUUCUAUGAUUGAUUAUUCAAAAAUUGCUGUCAAAGGAAAAAAUGGAUUGUUUUCAAUCAAAGUCUACUUGAGCAGUCAAAUUGUUUAA